CCCAUAGAGUUGGCUCAACCCACCGCCCCGUUCCAAAGGGGACACUCAUAACAUCCAUUCAUCCAUCCAUCUACGCACGUUCCAUCAUAGAGUUUCUCACUAAAUUACAGUGAGAAACUCUGUGAGUUCCAUGCGCUUCCGAUCGUCGUACCAUCGGCAUAGUUGUUCUAUGGUUGUUCUGUGCCACCGCUACGUGCUGGUACCACUAUGGUACCACUGUGGACGGUUUCCCUUCUCUAAUGUGCUACCACAACGCAUCUGGGAAAAAAGCUUCUGCUGAUGUUUGUUGUGGCCAUGAAGUUCUAGCCUGUCUCUGCAUCGUUGACAGCAAAUAGCUGCAAGUGCUGAUUGCUGCUGGUUGGCUCAGUCCAGAAUUUGGCCUCACAAAUGCAAUGAGCCUGGCUGAGGGUAUCACUGCCACAAUGGUAUGCCACGCCCCUUCCAAGGUCAUCGGUGAGGUUGAGGUUGGCACACAGUGCAGCUUGCCUUUGGCUGACAAGUCUGUUGGGUGCAGCUUCAGAGCAAGCAGCGAGUCGAGGAGCGUGCAGACCAUAGAGACUGUGGAUCAGUCAAGCUCAUCUACAGCAUUGAGGCCUUCUAUUUCUCCAUCAACAGCCAACGGUGGAAAUUCCCAGCAGGGAUGCCUCAACCAAGAUCAUCUCCGUGACUAUGAGGCUGAUAAACUGUUUCAUCUAAAAGCACGUGCCAGGGUCCAUACUGGCGAGCGUCUCUUUAAGUGCCAUUUGUGCCCCCGGAGCUUCUCGAGAAGAGACACUCUGAAGAGGCACUUGUGCGUCCACACGGGUGAGCGGCCAUUUCAAUGCCCUUCAUGCCUUCAGACAUUCUCACAACGGUGCAAGGUCAAGGAACACCAGCACACCCAUACAGGUGAGAAGCCAUUGCAGUGCCCUUCAUGCCCUCGGAGCUUCUCACAAACAUCCCACCUGAAAGACCACCUGCGGAUCCACACAGGCGAGAAGCCAUUUCAAUGCCCAUCAUGUCCUCGCAGCUUCUCACGCAAGUGCAACAUGAAGGAACACCUGCACACCCACACAGGUGAUAAGCCAUUUAAAUGCCCUUCAUGUCUUCAGAGCUUCUCACGAAAGACCCACCUCAAAGCUCACCAGCGCACCCACACAGGUGAGAAGCCAUGGCAGUGCCCUUCAUGCCCUCAAAGCUUCUCACAUAAGUCCAGCAUGAAAGCCCACCUGCGCACCCACACAGGCGAGAAGCCAUUUCAAUGCCCUUCGUGCCUUCAGAGAUUCUCACGAAAAUCCCACCUGAAAACCCACCUAUUCAACCACACAGGUGAGAAGCCAUUACAGUGCCCUUCAUGCCCUCAAGCCUUCUCACGUAAGUCCAGCAUGAAAGACCACCUGCGCACUCACACAGGCGAGAAGCCAUUUGAAUGCCCUUCAUGCCUUAAGAGCUUCUCACGAAAGACCCACCUGAAAGACCACCUGCACAACCACGCAGGUGAGAAGCUAUGACAAUGCCCUUUAUGCCCUCAAAGCUUCUCAAACAAGUCCAGCUUGAAAGACCACUUGUGCACCUACACAGGCGAGAAGCCAUUUCAAUGCUGUUCAUGCCUUCAGAGCUUCACACGAAAGACCUACCUGAAAACCCUCCUGCGCACCCACACGGAUGAGCAGCCAUGACAGUGCACUUCAUGCCCUCAAAGUUUCCUUCAUAAGUCCAGCAUGAAGGUACAACUGUGAAUCCACACAGACGAGAAACCAUUUCAAUGCCCUUCAUGCCCCCGGAGAUUCUCACUCAAGUCGAGCAUGAAGAAACACCUGCACACCCAUACAGCGACAAGCCAUUUCAUUGCCCUUCAUGCACUCAGAAAUUCUUGCUGAAGGGUGCCACGAAGCAACACCUGAGCAUUCAUGCAGGUGACCGACCAUACCGUUGUGCCUUUACCUCCAAGUCCUUUGCGCGGGCUGGUUACUUGAGCAGGCAUAAGAAAACACAACACCAUGAUACUAUAGAGUAGAUCAACAGCUAUGUAAUGCAUUGUAAUGCUUAUUAUUACAUUAUGGAUGUCUGAAUGAUCCGCUUUCUAAGUUCUGUUAUGAAAUGCCGUCUGUAUCUUUGUGUACUGUUUCUUCAUAUACAGUCGAACCUUGAUACAACGUACAUGGGUAUAGCAAAUUAUGGGAUAUAAAAGAUGAAAUAUAAAUAUCGGUUUUUCAUGCUUUAUGUGGAGCUCUCUUCUGCUAUAACAAAGUCAAAAAUGAGGGAUCUGUCGUAGUAUUGACUAUAACGAAGCAAAUAUUUGUUAGUACAUGCCCUAAAAUACAUAUUCUGGCAGAAAAAAACAUCAAAUACAGCCUCGCAAACCUUGGAGCGGCCGUCAUGAUGAAGGCACAGAACAUUGGCAGGCACACAGCUGGUGGUAUCAAGGGCUAAGCCUGCACAAUCAGGCUUCGGACAAGACUCGCUAUUCCAGCCUUACCAGCUAUGAAGCAAUUAUCAUUGUGGUGAGAGAUACAUCUGCAUUCUAUGGUGAGAGAUCCAUCUGGAUUCUAUGUGCUGUUCACUUCGAGGGCUAGGCCUACAGGAUGGAUAUGUCACUGAAGAAAUUGAUAGUCCCAGCCUUGCAAGCUUCAAAGUUGUCAUUGCAGCUGUCGUUCGCAUUGAUAGACAGGCCACAGGCUGCCGUGAGGGCUGUGCUGGCCAUUCAUCUUCGGGAGCAUCCUGGCGUUCUGAACUUUGGGCCAUCCUGAUGAAGGGCAAAGUCAGACAGGAGCUGAAGGAAGCGGAAGGUGAUCCCACCUCACGAAGCUGCAGAUGACGCCUGCAGCUGCAGUAGGAGUCCUGGGUAUCAUGGCACCAAAUGUAAAAAACCGAAGCAUAUUCCAAGGCUACACUGAUCUUCCUAUUUUAUUGGAGCUGUGUUGGAGGGGUCUGUGUUGAAGACGUGCCGUCCCUUUUUGGAACCAGGCAGCCAAGACUUCACUGGACCAGUGCAACUAGUCAAGGCCUGUCCAACACAUUGCUACAAGAGCACACUUUGCAACUUCACCAGGCCACAGAAUUCUAACACAGGACCUGUGAGCUUCCAUUUACGUGGCCGUUUUUGUGACCGUUUCUGUGGUCCGAACUUGCAGACAGCUGCCGUGCCAGGACACCUUCUCCUGGCGUACUGUUCAAGGUUCCUGAUAUGGCCAUCCAUUCUUUGGCCAAGUGUGGACAUGACGUUCAUGAUGUCUUGGACCCUUUGAUCAAGUCCAUAGCUGCAGGACCAAGCGCAUUGCUGCUUCCCUCAUCGUCUCACCUUGCUGCAACGGUGGACUGUAUUCUUUGGCUGAACAAUGUUUUUCUCAUUUGCUUUGUUUUGUACUAUUUUAUUUGUUGUAGUCUGUUGUUAAUUUACAUCAGGUCAAGAUGUCUUACUCUUGCUUCUUAUUUAAGUCUUUACUAUUUGCUUUCCCUUCCAUGUGUACAUUAAAUGUUUUGUUGGAGAUAUGCAAA